AUGACUAGCCGAGAAAUAUUGUAUCUGUUGAUUGCUCAUGUUUUUCUGGAUCUCGCUGUACUCAUUGUUGAGUGCCAGAACAAAACCUCUAUCUUGUUGCCCCACUACCAACGACUGACACCAGAGGAGCGAGCAGGUAUUCUUGAGCGAACCUUCUUUUGGUGGAUCAAUCCAAUUUUGAUGAAAGGGCAUCGAUCGAUUCUCAUCGACGCCGAUCUGCCUCGCACCGGAGAGGAGCUGUCCUCGAGAAAACUGCAUCGUAACAUCUUGCGCACUGAUCUACCAUACGUGCUCUUGGAUUGUUUCAAGCGUCCGGUCUCAGCUGCCAUUUUGCCUCGCUUAUUCCUGAUCACAUUCCGUUACUCUCAACCUGUUCUCAUCAAUAUCUCAGUCAGAUAUAUCAGCAAUGCUCCGAAGGAGAAAGAGUCAACAGACAUUGGUUGCUGGCUUAUCGUGGGAGCUCUCGUGGUGUAUGUUGGGCUGGCGCUGUCUAAAGCAGCCUAUCAACAUCAGCUGAAUCUACUUCAAGUGAUGACCAGAGGAGCACUGAUAGGCUUGAUAUAUCAGCGUUCCUUAAAUGUCCGAAACACCUCCUAUGACGAUGGAAACGCUGUGACACUGAUGAGCACUGAUGUUGACAACGUGCAAGGUGUCGGAGAAAUGUUUCAUGAAACUUGGGCCCAACUCCUUGAAGUGACCAUUGGAACGAGCUUACUGGCAACUCAAAUAGGCUGGCUCUGGCCUAUUCCCUUGAUCAUAAUCAUGUUUUGCUCACGCAUGAGUCAGUAUGUGGCAACUCAUUUGAACUGUAAGCAGCGAGACUGGAGUGUUGCAACGCAGAAACGGAUAUCCAUGACGAUCUCCAUGCUCUCGUCAGCCAAGAGCAUUAAAAUGCUUGGAAUCUCAGAGGCAAUACAAUCAAAAGUCCAGGACCUCCGGCUUCAUGAGAUUGCUAUGUCGAAGAAACUGAGAUGGAUGAUGGUUGGUUACAAUGCAAGUUCAAAUGCUCUGGGCAUAUUCACUCCACCUAUCACUUUGGUCGUCUUUGCGAUCGUUUCCCGGAACCGCGGCGAUCAGAAACUCGAGGCUGGGACUGCUUUUACCACAAUUUCACUAAUGGUUUUUAUAACACACCCCGCUAAUAUGCUCAUGACAAUUUGGCCUCGAGCCGUGGCAUGUAUGACUAACUUCGAGCGUAUUCAGCGCUAUCUCUUGGAGUCACAUAGACAAGUGAACAGGUUGGACCUCAAAAAGACUGUGCUAGAAGCACCCACCUCAGACCCCGAGGACGGUACUGCUUGCUGUGCCCUCGUCGCCGACAAAAUUUCUGUGCAGUACUCCUCAAGCUUACAACCAAUACUUCAAGAUAUCAAUUUCAAGGUCAAAACUGGUUGUUUCUGGAUAUUUUCGGGAAAUGUUGGCUCAGGAAAGACUACACUGGCCCAAGUCAUUCUGGGAGAGGUUCCGCCGUCGUCGGGCUCAAUGGCAGUCUCUACCCGAUGCGUUGGAUUCUGCCCCCAAACUCCAUGGCUGCCAAGCUCAAGUAUCAAAAAAAUCAUCUGUGAGCAUGCUGAUUCUGAUCUUGAAUGGUACAAGACUGUCAUUUAUGCCUGUGGUCUUGAGAAAGAUCUGGAUGCGUUUCCGAAACGUGACCAAACACAAAUUGGUAGUCGAGGGAUUAAACUUUCUGGAGGGCAACGUCAGCGUGUGGCUCUCGCGCGUGCUGUUUAUUCUCGAUGUGAUAUCGUGGUUCUCGGUGACCUUUUCAGCGCUCUUGACGGUGCGACAGAACACCACGUCGUUCAACAUCUCUUGAGCCCAACUGGUCUCCUUCAGCAGAGUGGAACUACCGUGAUUUUGAUGACGAACAACGUUCGGCAAUAUUCUUUGGCCGAUCAUGUUGUCAUUCUCGGAGAGUCGCAAAUUCGGCUGCAGGGCGCCCCCGAAGUCGUGCUGUAUUCUUCCCGCCAAAUACUCAAAACAAUCAUAGAUGAUAAAGAAAUGAAGACAAGCAGGCAAUUUGAUGAGCUGGUAGUCAAGCACAGAGCUCAAACUAACUCGACAGAAACUGCUGCUCUCAAUUUGACAAGAAGAACUGGUGAUUUAGCAGUCUAUGGUUACUACUUCAAGUCUGUUGGUGUCCUGAACUACAUCAUCUUGGCCUGCAGCAUGGCUUCCUAUUCUUUCUUCUUAUUGUUUUCGCAGUACUGGGUGAAAUGGUGGACCGAAUCAGAAUCUGAUCAGACGUGGUAUUAUGUUGGAGGAUACUUGAUCUUUGCUUUCAUCUACUGGUCUUCCACCAACGGUACCAUGUGGUCCACGAUAAUCAAGAUUGCGCCACAUUCAGGGAUAGUCCUCCAUUACAAUUUACUGAAAUCCAUUAUCGGAGCGCCACUAUCCUUGUACUCCAAGUCCGAGAUUGGCACAUUAUUGAAUAGAUUCAGCCAAGAUAUUCAGCUCGUCGACAAGAAGUUACCGCCAGCAUUGUCAAGUCUCACCACUCAGAUCUGCAAGCUUUCAAUGCAAGCUGCAAUGCUGUUUAUCGCUCAGAAGCAAAUUCUCGUCACCUUGCCGUUCUGUGCCAUGGUAUUCUACUUCGUUCAGAAAAUCUACUUGCGGACAUCGAGACAGCUUCGUUUCCUCGAACUGGAAUCAAGAUCGGCGGUCUAUUCAAGCUUCCUAGAAACGGUUGAAGGUAUCACUACCAUCCGCGCGUUUGGCUGGCAAAAUAAAUUCGAAUCGAGGAAUAUUGCCGAGCUGGAAAUAUCUCAGAGUCCGUUCUAUCUCUUAAUGUGUCUUCAGCGAUGGCUCAACAUUGUCCUCGACCUCCUCGUUGCUGGCAUUGCAGUUGGUGUUAUUUCAAUCGCAAUUGCGUUUAGAGGCACGAUGACAGGAGGGCAGAUCGUCGUUGCCCUCAACAUGAUUCUAUUGGUGAACAAAACUCUCCUUACGCUUGUUACGUCUUAUACGAAUUUGGAGAUUUCGCUUGGCGCAAUCGCAAGAUUGAAAGAGACGAUUCAAGAGACCCCACAAGAAGAUGGAUCGGAAGAGGAUUAUGCUAUUCAGGGUUGGCCCUCAGCCGGUGCCGUGAAAGUAGAUGAUCUGGAAGUGUCCUAUAUUCCGGGCAAGCUCGACCUUUGCGAUAUGAGCCUCGAAGUCAAAGCAGGUCAAAGGCUCAUACUGUGUGGAAGAACAGGGAGUGGGAAAAGUACCUUUGUCCUUUCCCUCCUUCGACUUCUCGAUCCACGCUCUGGCAGCAUCACGGCUGACGGGACCAACAUCUCAAAAAUUGCUCGAUCUGUCGUGUGGCAGAAGUGCUUCAUAUCGGUCCCACAAGAUCCCUUCCUCUUACCAGACGCAACACUUCGGUUUAACAUGGAUCCAAACGAGCACUACCAAGACGAGGAAAUCACGGCAGCAUUAGAAAAAACUCGGUUAGGGGAUCAAUUCUCCCAGUGCGGGGUGAAUGGACAUCAUCCUCUCCCCACUGGAGACCGAGUCGAAGACCAAGUCACCACGUCGACCGUUUCACACAUCUUAGACUCGCCUCUCUCCUCCCUCCCACAACUCUCAACUGGCGAACAGCAACUCCUCUCCCUCGCUCGCGCGGUGCUUCGUGCCCAACCUCCCUCCUUCCCCAAUGCAAUCCCAUACACCGACCAUAUCCCGACCCCCGCCAUAAUCAAACCUAUCCUUCUGCUUGACGAAGCUACUUCAUCUCUAGAUGAGGAAACCGAAGCAAUAAUUUAUGAUAUUAUACAACAGGAGUUUACAGAUAAGGGACAUACCGAUAUUGAGAUCUCGCAUCGACUUGGUGCGUUGAAGAAAGGUUGGAAGAGUGGGAGAGAUGUGUUAGUUAGGAUGGCUGAUGGGAGGGUUACGGAGAUAGGGGACUUGAGUGAUGUACUUGGCCGGGGCAUUGCUGGUGAAGAUGCGUCGACGGAUUUUGGCGUUGGUGGUUCGGAGACAGUUGAUAGGCACUGA